AUGUUCCCACCGUAUGCUUACUCGAUUUUCUAUGGCGUCAUUGUGGCGUCUGUCGUACUCAUCGUCGUUUCUGUUCAGAAAACGCAUCUGGAGAUUCAGGCGCACAAUGAGUGUGAAAUGACUUACAUUUAUAGGCCAAUGAAUUAUAUACCAUUUAAUGUUACGCUAACCCAUAAACUACGUUACGAAUAUGGCUUAUUCCUGUACAAUGAGGGGAUGCAUAUGCUGCAUAACACAGAAUUCCUUCCCAAUGAUAUUCCGGUGCUUUUUAUACCAGGAAGUGGCGGUUCGGUGAAGCAAGUGCGAUCCAUGGCAUCGGUUAUGCAGAACAAGACCGAGUCUAGGAGUCUUCCUGUUCGAUAUCGAUUUUUUGCUGUAGAUUUCAAAGAGCAAUUAUCAUUUGGUUCCUCUGCAGUUUUAGAAUAUCAAACGUAUUUUGUGAUUGACGCAAUGAAAACUAUUGCAAAUAUCACGAAAUGUAAGAAGAUGGUCUUAUUCGGACACUCUUUUGGCGGUUUUGUGGCAAUGUACGCAUUCACAAAUCGGAAUUUUCCGACGAAACUCGUAGAUUUGGUCAUCCUAAAAGCCACGCCCCUUUCGGCUCCUCCAAUUAUGGUCGAUACUUAUAUGCUUGGCAUGUACAAUAGAAUGCAAGAGUAUUGGUUAAAAAAUGGCAUGUCGAAAGAACAUGAUGUUGCUGUCGCUUCGUUUAAUGGCGGAAUGCGUGAUUACGUUAUUCCUCAUAAUUCGACCUAUAUGAGGAAUAUUAUUAAUGUCGAUGUUAGCUUAAUCGAAGGAGUCUCGGAUUUUGGAACUGAUCAUUUAGCAAUUUUAUGGUGUAAUCAAGUAGUAAGGCAUGUUACGAGAAUAAUGGAACUUUACAUCCAACAAUAUAUGAACAAGAAUUUUAAUUCCAAUAUUGAAAUGCUCGGUCAUUUCUACAUAAAAGACCGACAUACUAAACGAGAAAAAUAUAACAUUCUUAAAUUCGGAGAGAGAACCACGGGUGUGCCGAUUAAACUCCCUGUUAAUGGGCGGCUUGAGAAGCAGACAAUUAUGCGAAAAUUUGGCGCGUUCUUUGUGAUCCAAUCGCAUAAUGAAAACUCUAUGUUCAUUGAAGUCGUCAGCAAUUGUGUCUCAUCAGCGGUUUAUAUGCGCGGCAAUGGCUUUUUCCCGAAAAAGUUGAAUCGCGCCAAGAACUUGUCAAGCUUUAAGAUUUUCAUUCAACAACCGCAGUCUAACGACUUCAUUCAUGUGGUGAUUCGUGGCCCGAUUGGUUGUGAUUUUGAUAUUUCGACGAGAACCACCGAUACGUCCUACUGGAAGUGGUAUGAGGGCAUUUUUCGGAAUACAUCCCUUCUUGCAUCAUCCUUCAUCCUUUAUUGUAUGCGAUUUAUUGUUUAUGAACGAUCAAUACAGAUUCGUGAUCCGAUCAAUUCGCUGCUAACAUUAGCAAGUCUUCCACCGUUAGUUAUCAUCUUUUCUAAUGGAGGUCUGCUACAGGAGAUAACCCCUGUUGUGCUUGGAGCCCUCUUCGCAACAUUCUAUUGGUUGUUUGCAUGUUUCUUGGGAAGAUACUUCACCAAGAUAAACCGAGUAAUUUCUUACCAGCUACGAAGGUUCUGGUUUUGGAAAUGCCCGAUACUUUUUGUUGGUUCCUUCUUCCCUUACGUUAAUAGUUUUUUGGCAGCUAUUUAUCUGUCAUUGACAAUAAACUUCAAGUGUCUCAUGCUAUCGAUACCUAUCUCACUUCCUCUACUUCUGCAUACUUACUACACUUUUACAACCAUAAAUCCAGCUGAUCAAGUCCAAACUGAAUACGACUUCUUCAGUGCUUUCGGCUUCAUCAUCCCUGUGCUAUUCAUGAAUGCCUCGAAACAUGAGAUUCCUAGUCAGGGCCUGCGAGGUGUAUUCUAUUUCUUUUUGAUUGUUGAGGACGAUGGCGCAAUGUCGGAUUGUCGCAGUGACGAUCCGAAAAAGCACGCUCGGGAGCAGCACAAUGCUUUAGAACGGCGUCGCCGGGACAACAUCAAAGAUAUGUACGCGUGCUUGAGAGAAGUUGUUCCAGAGGCAAAUUCUGAAAGGGCUUCACGUGCAGUAAUUCUCAAAAAAUCCAUUGAGUCGAUACAAAGUAAACAAGCUAUUAAGCAGCAGCUCACGGAAGAUAUUCAAGAGCUCACUGAGGAAAAUGCUAAACUGCAAGAUCAGAUAGUCGCCCUUCGAGCGCAAUUGGAAAAGAAGCAAGAUGACUAA